UGUGAUGUGCCCCAGCCUGGCAACAUGAAGGUGUUCCGCAGGAAGGCUCUGGUGCUCUGCUUGGGCUACCUGCUGCUGCUGCUGCUGACUAUGCUCAACUUGCUGGACUACAAGUGGCACAAGGGGCCGCAGCAGUGUAGUGGCCCCUCGCCUGCCCGGCGCACAACCUAUCCGCAGCAGCUGCCUUAUUAUGCCUCCCAGUCCCGGUCAGACACACGGGCCCUCUAUGGGCCUCCCGUGCCCCUUGCCCGCAAGCGGCAGCUGGUCUAUGUUUUCACCACGUGGCGUUCAGGUUCGUCCUUCUUUGGGGAGCUCUUCAACCAGAACCCAGAGGUCUUCUUUCUUUAUGAGCCUGUGUGGCACGUAUGGCAGAAGUUGUACCCAGGAGAUGCCGUUUCCCUGCAAGGCGCAGCUCGCGACAUGUUGAGUUCCCUCUACCGCUGUGACCUCUCUGUCUUCCAGCUCUACAGCACUGCAGGGGCAGGGAAGAAUCUCACCACCUUGGGCAUCUUUGGCGCAGCCACCAACAAGGUGAUCUGCUCCUCACCCCUCUGCCCAGCUUACCACAAGCAAACUGUGGGCAUGGUGGAUGACAAGUUAUGCAAGAAGUGCCCGCCGCGACAGCUCAGUCUUUUGCAGGAGGAGUGCCUCAGGUACCACACUUUAGUUAUCAAAGGUGUGCGGGUCUUUGACAUUGCGGUUUUAGCACCACUCAUCCAAGACCCAUUCCUGGCUCUCAAAGUUAUCCACCUAGUCAGGGAUCCCCGGGCUGUGGCUAAUUCCAGGAUCAAAUCCCGCCAUGGGCUCAUCCGUGAGAGCUUACAGGUGGUGAGGAGCAGGGAUCCCCGCAUCCAUCGAAUGCCAUUCCUGGAUGCAGGCCACAAGCUGAACAGCAAGAAGGAGGGGGGAGGUGGCUCAGAUUACCAUGCCUUAGGUGCUAUGGAAGUGAUCUGUGGCAGCAUGGCAAAGACCUUGCAAACGGCUUUGCACCCACCCGACUGGCUGAAGGGGAAUUAUAUGGCUGUCCGGUACGAGGACCUGGUUGUGGACCCCAUCAAGACUUUGCGGCAGGUCUAUGGAUUUGUCAACUUAGUGGUGAGCCCAGAGAUGGAAAAGUUUGCCCUCAAUAUGACGAGUGGACCCGGGUACUCUUUCAAACCUUUUGUGGUCUCUGCCAGGAAUGCUAGCCAGGCAGUUAAUGCCUGGAGGACCGCAUUAAGCUUUCAUCAGAUUAAGCAAGUGGAAGAGUUUUGCCAUCAGCCCAUGGCAAUCCUAGGCUAUGAGAAAGCCAGUAGCCCAGAAGAAGUAAAGGACCUUAGCAAAACCUUGCUCAGGAAGCCAAGACUGUGAAAAGGAUGUGUGCCUUUCGACAGAUAGGAACCUACAGAGAGAGCCAUCUGCAACCUUCCAGUUAUAUUGGCAUAAGAGAGGGAGAAUACAAAAUACAGCUUUUUCUUAAAGACAUAUUGUUCAUUUCGCUUCUUCAGAGACUACUAAGAAUUAUACACAUUCACAUUUUUUGCAUUGCUCAGCUAUAUAAUUUAAACACACACAGUGACUUUAGUAAGUAUUUGUAAGACUCCUUUUUCCCUCCGGAAGUUCAAGGCACAUGAUUCAGCACAUACCAGAAUCUUAACAUACUUGUUGUGAUAGUAAUCAUGAGGGAUUUGUGCAUUUGUGGUGAGGGUUGGGUGGCAUCUGAGGUAAGGGACUAAUCAGUAAAACAAGAUUCAGAGCACUGAACUUUUGUAUAAAUGUUUAAAUGUAAUGAAGAAAUUAAUAAAAGAUGCUCAU